AUGAAGGUUGAAGAACUGAUCAUCGAUGGGUUCAAAUCCUACGCUACACGGACGGUGAUCUCGGACUGGGAUCCACAGUUUAAUGCAAUUACUGGUCUUAAUGGUUCUGGGAAGUCGAAUAUUUUAGACUCGAUAUGUUUUGUACUGGGAAUAUCUUCGAUGGCGACCGUAAGAGCGUCCAAUUUACAAGAUUUGAUCUAUAAAAGAGGGCAAGCAGGUGUAACAAAAGCUAGUGUGACGAUAGUUUUCGACAAUUCUGAUAAGACCAAUUCACCGAUAGGGUUUGAAACUUAUCCUAAAAUCUCAGUUACGCGACAAAUCGUGUUAGGCGGCACUAGCAAAUAUUUGAUUAAUGGUCAUCGAGCCCAGCAACAGACUGUACUUCAUCUGUUCCAAUCCGUUCAACUGAAUAUCAAUAAUCCAAAUUUUUUAAUCAUGCAGGGCAAAAUUACUAAAGUGCUAAACAUGAAGCCCUCCGAGAUUCUGUCACUUAUCGAGGAAGCGGCAGGCACAAAGAUGUUUGAGGACCGGCGGGAAAAGGCAGAACGUACCAUGGCAAAGAAAGAAACGAAAUUGCAAGAAAUAACUAGCUUGCUGCAAGAAGAAGUGGAACCCAAACUUCAAAAGCUACGCAAUGAAAAGCAGAUAUUUUUGGACUUUCAAGAAACCCAAGUUGAACUCGAGAAAAUGUUAAGGGUGGUAAACGCCGUGACGUUCAGUUCUUUGUCUGACAGGAAAACUAACAUUGAAACAAGUUUAAAGCGAAACCAUGCACGUUCUAGUGAGCUCAAUUCUAUAAUCGCAAGGCUCAAAGAGGAACUAGCCACUCUCAAAGAGGAUAUCGAAGCAACACGCAAGCAGAAGCAAAGCGAAUUGAAAAAAGAUGGCAGACUCAACCAACUGGAGUCACAGGAUACUCAUUUAACUAACGAGUGUUCGCGACUGAGCACCACCCUAGGAAUCACGGAAGAAAGUCUCCAGGAAGAAUCUGCGGAAUUGCAACGAUUCGUUGACUCGGUAAAUCAAAUGAGAUCGCUUCUAAAUGAGAAAACCAAUCAAGUUCAAAAAACUCAAAAAGACUAUGAAGAAAGGAACGCCUCCUUAGAUGAGCUCAAAGGCCAGCUAAAAGCAAAGGAUGAACUGCUUUCUACAUUGACAACUGGCAUUUCUUCUACAGGAGAUGCAAACAAUGGAUACGAAGCUCAACAUUCGAUACUCACAGGAAAACUCAAUGAUAUCAAAGUGGCAAUUCAAAGUGAUGAGAUGAAGAUCGACAUUUUGACAAAAGAGCUAAAAGCUAACGAACCUAAACUGGAGCAGGCUACCGAAGAAAACAAAAAGCUGCAACGCGCCAUAGAAGCACAUAAGGAAAAGUGUUCUCAUUUUACAAAGCAACUCAGCGAAUUGGGCUUGAAGCCGGAAAUUUUGAACGAGCUUAAAAGGGAGGAACAUGACCUAAAAAAUGAAAUCUACAGUACAUCACUUGAGAUGGAUGCUUUGCAACGCACCGUGGCAAACCUUGACUUUUCGUAUUCCAAACCGAAUUCAAACUUUAAUCCUAAGUCUGUUAAAGGAGUCGCCGCUCAGCUUUUCACAUUGAAAAGCGAACAUAUGAAUAGUGCCACCGCUCUUCAAGUGUGUGCGGGUGGGCGCUUAUUCAACAUUGUAGUCGAUAAUGAAAUUACCGCGUCACAACUUUUAGAAAAGGGAAAGCUUCGCAAAAGAGUGACAAUAAUUCCCCUUAACAAAAUAUCAGCAAGGCGGCUACAAGAAAGCACAGUAGCUUUUGCUAAAAAAGUGGCUCCCAAUAGUGUAGAAUUGGCCCUAGAUCUGAUUGGUUUCGAAGGAGAAGUGACGAAGGCCAUGGAGUUUAUUUUUGGUACAAGUCUUAUUUGCAUGGAUGCCGAAGCCGCCAAAAAAGUCACAUUCCACCCUCAAAUUCGAACUAGAAGCAUUACUUUGCAAGGCGAUGUUUACGACCCCGAGGGUACCCUAUCUGGCGGAUCUCGCAAUAAUAGCAGCUCCAUCCUUCUCGAUAUACAAAAAUACAAUAACGUUGCUCAACGCAAAAUGAAGUUGGAACUAAGAUUAUCUGAGAUAAAUCGUCAGCUUAAGGAAUAUGAAGCUAUAUUGAGCCGAACCAAGAAUCUUCAAAAUGAAUUAAGCAUGGAGGAGCACAAACAGAGAAUGGCCGAGCGGAGUUUGUUAAACAAUGAAUCCACCGAAAUCUUACAAAGGCAUGCUGAAAUGAAAAACGAGAUUAGCCAAUGUGAAGACGGUAUCAAAAGGAACUGCAUUAAUGCGGAGAGUCUCGAACUCUCAGUUUCAAAUAUCUUGAGAGAUAAAGAAGAAUUUAGCAGGGAUAAAGGAUCCAAGCUUGAGGAGAUAAAUCGGGAAAUAAAGGAUCUUACAAGGAGAAUUGAAAAAGAACAAGAUGAACUUGAAAAGCAGUAUGACUCUUAUCAAGGUCUGCAACUCGAAGCGGAUCAGCUCAAUGUUGAUAUUGCCAGUUCAGAAGAAAAGAUCAAAGAGGUUCAAAAAUCUCUUACGUCUUCUGAAGAGAAGCGAGCAAUAGAGAGCUCAUUGCUCAGCGAGGCACAACAUCGUCUGAAACAAACCAGGGAAGAUCUUUUGGAGGAGCGCAGUAGGAUCAUGGUCAUCGAUGAAGAAUUGAGAGAGCUAGAAAAGCUAAAUUUGGACAAGAAGCAGAUUUUAAGCGAGUCUGAGAUGGAAUUUAAGCAUGUUACAGGAGAGCUGCAAAAAGUUCGACAAAACACCACCUUUAUUGAUGACAAGCUAAAGGAAUUACUAGAAGAGAAUGAUUGGUUGGCGGACGAUGGAAUUGUCUCAAGCAUAGUGAAACAGCAACAAAAUACUGACAUGGAGGAGCUUCGUCAUCGCAAGGAAAAUCUUGAAGAGAAGUUUCAAACUUUACGACGUAAAGUGAACCCAAAUAUUGUCAGUAUGAUAGAAAAUGUCGAAAAGAAGGAGUCUGCUUUAAGAACAAUGAUCGCAACCAUCCUCAAAGACAAGAAGAAAAUUCAGGACACAAUAUUCAAGCUCAAUGAUUACAAACGUGAAACACUGAUCAAAACAUGGGAGAAAGUAAGCGCAGAUUUUGGUCUCAUCUUUGGAGAUCUUCUACCAAAUUCUUUUGCCAAGCUUGUACCCUCUGAAGGCAAAGAUAUCACGGAGGGUCUUGAAGUAAAAGUACGUCUGGGCACGAUGUGGAAAGAAAGUCUUGUUGAGCUUUCGGGUGGACAAAGAUCUCUGAUUGCCCUUUCUCUCAUCCUGGCACUGCUGCAAUUCAAACCCGCACCAAUGUAUAUUUUGGACGAAGUAGACGCUGCUUUGGAUUUGAGUCACACUCAAAAUAUCGGACAUUUGAUAAAGACAAGAUUCAACGGCUCCCAAUUCAUCGUUGUGUCUCUGAAGGAAGGUAUGUUCACCAACGCCAACAGAGUUUUCAAAACGAGAUUUCAAGACGGCACUUCUGUCGUUAACGCUCUAUAG